GGGCAGCCCGCAUGCAUGACAGGUGUCUCAACGGACCGCAGCCCACGCGAUCCAGGCAAAGUCGACCGAUGUCAAUGUCUUGAGCGAUUUGCUCAGCGCGUCCAUUCACUUGACAACUACCAGCAAUGGCGCCAGCCAUAACGAGCACCAACAGUCCCAACCCUUCUGCCGGCGAUACAUCUGCCCCGCUUGCGGAUUACUUCUUCAUAUCCGGUAUCGAGUCGGCUCAGGUCUAUGAAGAGCCGCCAACAACAGCGCUUGCAGCGCCCGUAGAGGAUACCAUAGACGAGGACAAGGCGCUGGAGACAAACAAUGGCACCCGGCCCACCACACCUGGCUCGCACCAUGACGUGGCCAAAAGAAGGUCGAGGUACAGUUUCGAGGCACGGAAGAGCAUUGGCAGUGUCAUCAACACAGCAGAGCCCCUGACGCCGGCUAGCGAAAGGAGCAGUAUGACCGUUAAAGCGCUCAAUGGCAACGCUAGUCCAAGCCUCAGCGAUGAUGCUUUCGAGCAGGCGCUCAAGAAGUUCGCUUCGGAGAGGGAUAGCUUCCUGGAGGACAUUCAGAUCUCGGCUGGAGUGGUGCCCACGCCGACGCAGAGGCGGCCGCGGCCGAGGACAAUACGCAUUACCUCGGAUGAUGGCCAAACGGGAGGCGUGGGUCCGAAAGGCGGUGCCGGCAGCUUACGGAGAAGGUUGUCGACGAUGACUAGCAUGAAGAAGCAGCCUUCGGCGAUAAGCCGACAAUCAUCGGUCCGGACUUCGAAGCGCAUCAGUGGGUACAACUCAGUCAUACCCACGCCGCAGCCCUUCCAGGCCACUCCGGGCGAGCAUCCCCUGAAACGGCGCUACGAGCCUGGCUUACUGGAUCGGUACCCAACCAAGACCAUGGUGGAUGAGUCUAAGCGACGGAAUCCAUUCCCGGACUACGUGCCCAUGUUCGCCUUCCCGAACGAUGUCAACGUGGUGUCGUCGGACGAGCGACCACGGUCAACGUGGCAUGGCUUUGCGAUGACCAAUGGGGACAGCAGCAAGCUUUACGGUGUAUGCGUGACGAUCUGGUUGCCUCUCAACCAUGCAGCUUCCGAAAGCCUGGAACGGCAGUGUGAGGAGUGGCGGAGGGCGAACAUGACGAACGAAGAGCGCGAGCUGGCGAGCAGCCUGGGUGAGCGACUUUCUGCAGAGCGAGCGAAGCUUAGCAGGCUACUAGCAGAGCUACCGAGUGCCUCGUCAGGUUCGGCGCGGCGUGAGAAGCUCGAGGAUGAGAUCAGCGCGGUUGAGGAGAAGAUCGGCGUGAUGACCGACCUUCUGCGGCCGGUGCGGCAUGGCGCCGCCUCGAAGAUCGACGGCUUGACAGAAGGCGACACCGGGUUCUGGAUACCACGAGCGUAUGGCAUCCUUGGUCGAGACGGUAGCUUGAUGAGCUUCUGGAAAGAAUGGCUGCGAGCGGUCGUCGUACCGAUGAUGAAUGGCGCCGUGCUCCGUGUCCCGCCAAGCUCACCGAAAGUUGGGAUCUGGCAGCCAUUGGAACGAUAUGUGAUCAAUUUAUGCGUCGAAGCACUCUGCCCUAUCACCUCUCUCACACAGGUCGAAGUGGCUGUGCGCGAUCUGAGGCUCUACGCUCGCAAGGAAGCCAUCAACGAGAUUCCUGGAUCAAGAAGCACUGACCUUUAUGCCCUGUUCCGUUGUCUCACGAUACCGAACGUCGUCGCCCUUCUCGAGUACGCUUUGUCGGAGUCGCGUAUAAUCUUGCUUUCGUCGCACACAUCGAUGCUGCACCUCGCAUGCGCUGCGAUCACGAGCCUGCUGUACCCACUGAAGUGGAUGAGCAUACUGAUACCAGUGCUUCCGGCACGGUUGAUACAAGCGCUGGAGGCACCUUGCCCGUACAUCAUAGGCGUGGAACGCAGGUACGAGAAGCUGGAGCUACCGGAGGAUGACUUUUGCUUGGUGGACUUGGACGAGAACAUUAUCGAAAGCACAGCGCCUCCACUACCUCUACCCAGACCACAGAGGCGAAAGCUGAUGUCGUUACUCCAAGUCGCAGCGCCACACCACAACCGCUACGGCGUGCCCACCGGCCCACCGCCAUAUGCAGUCGAGACGUUUCCUUGUGAUGCAUUUUCAUCGGAAAACCCGCAAGUCUUCACGGCUAACCCUUCGCCUUCCACCCUAGCGAGCUACGUCAGCGAAAGCUCAACCACAUUCGGCGAGGCCACGCAUGCGGCGAGCAAGCUCACCGUCUUCAAUGCCUUCCUCCACGCUCGUGCUGAGUCACGCGGCUUUGACAGACCUUCAACCAGCUCCACGGGCACCAAUGGUAGUAACUCGUCCUCACAGUCACCGCCUUCACCAGUCGCUCCUUCGCCCAUUUCUUCCAGCUUCCCUGGCACACCGGUAUCACGUAACGACUCAGGCUUCGGAUUGCAGGCGUCAUUGCGCGAGAAGCGCUCCGGGCAGUUUGGAGACGGGCUUAUGCGUCGCAACUCUGCGGUACAUUCUCUCCUCAAGGCACGAAAUCCACUACAAGACAAGACUAACACGCAGCCACAGUUUGGUUUCGAUCGCUUUGGCACCGUACGGCGCCCUAGUCAACCCUCGAUUGCCACUGGCCACCAGCCGAGCAUGUCCACUUCGACGCUGGGCAAUGGCGCGUCAUCUAACUAUGCCCCCAGUGUAUACGCGCAAAGCACGCUUGCCGCGAGCACUAUCAUGCCGCAGAUGAUGGUCCAGCCUGUCCGUGACGAUGAGACUACGAAGUGGAUUGAAGGACACUGUUUGGUCCGCAGAGCUAAGGAUGGCAAGUCUAUUUGCUCAAUUUGUGACGAUCGGUGCGACGAUGAGUCGUUCAGGUGCAGCGGGUGCGGUAUCACCGCCCAUUUCCGGUGCCUUAGUGGCGUCUGCUUGGUGUGUCCAAACGCUUUCCGCGCGGACCAAGUCCGAGCAGCAUUUGUGCGCUGCUUUGCAUCACUCUUCUACACCUACCGCCGCUUCCUACAUCCUGCCUCUGGCGAGCGACGAAAGGCAGGCAUGAUCUAUCACUUCAACAUGCAACAAUUUCUCCGCAGUGUGCCGCAUGGCGAUAGCGAGUACAUGGCCAUGCUGCAACAAAGCCAGGCCUUCAACCAGUUCAUUUACGAACGCGAAGCUACGCGAGCAGAAGACCCCACUAUCAAGCUCUUCGACGAGAUCAUCCUGUCCAAGCGUAAUAGAGGGAAGCAGUCGUUCUUCUCGAAGUCGAGCACGAGCUUCUUGUCCGACACGUCGGACCAUUUAUGGCGAUCUGCUGCCGCUACGCCACCGACUGGCCGCGUGAUCGGGGAUCGCUCUGUGAUCAACGGACGGAUACCUGCGAAGUUGGACCCGACAUUGAUGAAGGAGCCGAGAUCGAUUCAAGGCGCCCCACGGAUACAGCCGGCGCGCACCAAACGUAAACCGGUCGCAAGCAUGCUUGGAUUGAGCUCUCAGAGUGCUGAGCCGUGAGCGCAAAGAGAGAAGAUGACAGGGUUCUGCAUUCAGGUUACAAUGGCGACCGUAGGUGCAUGGGAUAAGGAUAUGCAUUGUGUCGUUUCAGCGUAGGCGCAAUGGGGUGUGUACUGCAUUUUCGGGGAUGGCAACCAUGUUAUCUCGUCUUGGCCGACCGAGUGAAAGGAGGACGUCUAGAAUAGGAGUGCGCUUAUUUGGAUCGUGCGUGAAGAGUAUACUGAGACGUAAAGUACCUUAGU